AUGCAAGUACCUACGUGCGGCGAUACUAUGACGCCAGAGUCAGCCGACAACGGUCUGUGUGACAAGUCCAUAACGCUCCGCAAGCACCGCAAAAAUAUAUUUAAUAAAUCAGCAUUGAGGAUGGUAGCUGCAGAAAUGACAAGUAAUCAAGAUAAAGAUGUCACACAAGUGCAAUACAUAGAUAUCAGUCCUGACUUUCUAACGACUGGACGAACCGGCAGAAGGAACGCAUUACCAGAUAUACUAGGUGAACAUAAACUGACGUCCACAGCUGACUUACCCGACCGAUUACAAGCUCUUACAACAAAUGAGGGAGCUGGGACAAGUAAUAUGCAACCAUCAACAACCAGUAGCGAUUCAGACAUGACUAAAACACAAAAUGCAACAUGUUGA